AAGUACACACUAUGGAAGGCAGUGCUUGACAACGAAUACUGUUUAUUUGAUGUGAAUAACAAUUCUUAUCUUGUAUUAACUAAUCAGUCUGUGAUAAUAAGAUCAGUAAUAAGGACAGUGAACAUAAUAGAGCAAUUAUAAACAUAAUACAAUGGGGAAACUCUGCAUUUGUCAGAUUUGCACAUGCGGACGGCAUCGAUGUCCUCAUAAGCCUUAUGGUGGCGGAAAGAAGGAACCUUGUACUAUCUCUGAGUACGCCAACAGAUAUCAGAAGCAUCCACUCACAAAGCUUGAAAACUUCAAACCAAAUAAUGAGCCAAUGCACAGCGAAGGUCCAUUGGAGGAUAAAACAACAAAUCGCCAAGAUUACAUCAAACAUCCUCUGGGUGACCGACCUCGUCCUCAUGUGGAGGAUUAUAGGAAACCAGAUGGAGAUAUGGAUAUGAUGACUAACUAUACCAAAGAUUAUAUAAAGAAACCAACAGAAAGAGUUCGAGCUAUUCGCAAAGAUGAUGCCCCACGAGUUGUUGGGAAGUUUGAGGGAUCACCGACAUACAAAAAUGACUACAGACAAUGGCAGCUCCCUAAUAAAAUGGAUCGUCACCAGGAACCUGUAUGGGUGCCCCCAAAUGAUAAAUUUGAGGGUACUCCUACAUAUAAGCGUGAUUACAUUGGAUAUAAGAGUCUCCCAACUAAGAGCAUGAAACCCGAUGAUGUUGCGUUUGCCUCAGCUGACCCAUUUGAUGACCAAACUGGUUAUCGUAAAGACUAUAUAAAACACCCAAUUGAAGCAAGGAAAGCAAAGGAGAAACCAGUGUACAAUCCAAAUAAGGCUCCCCUUGAUGAUAUGUCCACAUUCAAGAAGGACUAUCAAGGCAUCCAAGGGCCUAAGAUGGCAUCUUGUAAACCUGAUUCUGAAGCAUUUCAGUCCAGUGCCCCAUUGGAAGAUGCAACUACGAUGAGAGAUGACUACAAGAAAUGGUCAGCCCAGCGCCCACAUCAACACGUCCCUGAUGCAUACACCAAACCCCAAGGUGAAAUGGACAUGAACACUAACUACACUCAUGACUAUCGUAAACACGCAAUGCAGCCAGUUAAAGCUGCUAGGCCACAGUCUCGUAAAAGUGUUCCCGGUAAAUUUGAAGAUGCUACCAACUAUAAUAAUGAUUAUCGUAAGUGGAGCAUGGGUGAACGUCAAAAGCCUACAAUGAAGCCAGAUUACGUACCCCCAGAUGCGCCAUUUGAGGGUUUGGCCACGUAUAAAUCUCAUUAUGUUCGUCAUGGUGGGCUUCCAGCAGCGAGCUGUAAACCAGAUGACAAAGGAUUCGCUAGUGACUCUCCAUUUAAUGAUAACACUAUGUACAGGACUGAAUUCAUUCCUAAGAAACAGGAACCCUGCCCUGCAGUGGCUGUGGACAAUAGUGGAAAGUACGCAUUUGAUAACCAAGACCCAAGAGGACAUAAAUGGUACCGCCCUACAUUCGAAUCAGUCACACCAUUGCCACAGCGAAACAGUCCAUCACGUAGCGGGCUUGUUGCUGCGUGAAUAGAUGGC